AUGGAUUUCUAUUAUAUGCCUCCGUCUCCCCCAUGCCGUGCUGUGGAUAUGUGCGCCAAGGCUGUUGGUGUCACUUUGAACAAGAAAGUCUUGCACCUGAUGGACGGUGAACAUAUGAAUCCCGAUUUCGUCAAAUUGAAUCCCCAACACUGCAUCCCCACCAUUGUCGAUGAUGGUUUCGUUCUAUGGGAAUCCCGUCCCAUUCUCAUCUACUUGGCUGAGAAAUAUGACAAGAGCGGUCUGUUGUACCCUAAAGUACCCAAAACCAAGGCCAUCAUCAAUCAACGUUUGUACUUCGAUAUGAGCGUAUUCUUCACCAGCUUCAUGGAUUACUAUCGCCCCAUUAUGAUGUUCCACCAACCACCAAAUCCCGAAAAAUUCAAGGAAAUUGAAAAGGCCUUUGAGCUUUUGGACACCUUCUUGACUGCCAAGCCUUAUGUUGCCGAUACCGAUACAUACACCAUUGCUGAUAUUUCGCUGCUUUCGACCAUGACUAACUUCGAUAUGGCCGGUUUCGAUUACAGCAAAUAUCCCAAUGUGGCCAAAUGGUACGCCAACUGCAAACAGGUUAUCCCUGGCUAUGAAGAAAAUGUUAUCGACUGCAACGAUAUGAAAUAUUUCAAACCCAGAAACCAGCAAUGA